CGCGGUGGUUCCUCUUUGCACGCUAAUGCUAACCCAGAAGCUAACGUCAGUGAGUACAAAACGCGAAGCGUUCUCCGCGGUUGUUAAACCGUAUCGGUGCAUUACAGAACACGUAUCCGGAGAGCCCUUGGAUUAAAGUUGUGUUUCAAGCGCUUGGGAAUAUGAAUCAGAGGCGACAUGCAGAGGGGGUGUAGCGAGGGGUCGGCCGUCCUCACAGCGGGGGAGCAGGCCAGGGGCGACGGACCCACACACGCCGACACUCCGCCCCCUCCGCCAUAUCACAUCGCGUGUCAUCCGAACCCGCUAACGAUGCACAGGGAAGGGCCUUUUUUGAAGGAUAAAACCCAUUAUUAUGACCCGAAAUCCAUCAUUUGCAAGAUAUAGAUCUGUGAAGCACUAAAGUCUGAGGACGAGGAAGAGGGUUACCGGAAGGUUCUCUCUAUCCACAAUCCAGUUGGAGGGAGAGAAGGACAUUCAAAGGAAGAGAGAGAGAGAAAGGAAGGCGAGAAAGUCGAGCCUGCUAUUGGCAGCUGUUUCAGCAGCCUGAUUUCUUGUGGCUGUCAUAUUAGUUUCUUGUGUUACGUUAUUUUUUUUUGAUGAAUCAGUUUGUAUUUUUAACUUCAAAGUGAUAAAACUGCUGUUGUCAAACAAAAAAAAACAAAAAAAUACAAUUAAUGCUAUCGAGAGUGUUUUAUUUUUCCAACAUUCAAUUCCAAGGAUUUUUUUUGAGUUUUUUUUUUUUUUUUCGUAUUCGUUUUAACAAUCUUUUUGGGCUGUAGUAGUUGUAAGUAGCAGGAGCUUCCGAACUCCAAAACUCAACGUCAACUCCUCUUCCUUACCUGACUGUAAGACCGGACAACCUGGUAUUCCUCAAACACCUGCAACCUGGCAGCUAUUCGUUUUGUGUCUGUGUGUUUGGGGAGCGAGUUCACCACAGCUAAAGCACCACUCAGCCUUCUAGUCACCUAAGCCUAACUCAAGCCAGCGAUCCCUAGCCUGGUCCAGCCUGCUCGGACCACCUGGACAGGAUACUCAAUUCUGUGCGGACGUGAGGAAUAUGACUGCUGAGACUCUUAACUUCGGCCCAGAAUGGCUUCGUGCACUGUCCAGUGGGGGGAGUGUGACAUCUCCCCCUCCUUCCCCCGCCAUGCCAAAGUACAAGCUGGCCGAGUACCGCUACGGCCGCGAGGAGAUGCUAGCACUUUAUAUCAAAGACAACAAGGUCCCCGAGGACAUGCAGGAUAAGGAGUUUGCUGCUAUUCUGCAAGAAGAACCCAUGCAGCCGCUGGCACUGGUGCCCCUCACCGAGGAGGAGCAGAGGAACUUCUCCAUGUCUGUGAACAGCGUGGCGGUGCUGAGGCUCAUGGGUAAAGGAGUGGGAGGCCCCGCCCCGGCCGGUGUGGUCCGGGGCCGAGGGGCCGCGAGAGGCGGUCGAGGUCGUGGGCGCGGAGAAGGCGGGUUCUACCAAAGAAGUAUUGAGGAGCCGGAGUUGGGCUUCGGUCGCAGCGUCCGGGAGAUUCACCGCAGCCAGAGCUGGGACGACAGCUCUGUGUCUGACGUGUGGACCCCCAGGGGCGAGCGCCGCUUCGAGAAGCCCCUGCGGCGCGAGGUGACGGGCCGGCCCGGCUUUGAGGAGGUGGCCGCCGUGGCCCCGGGGCCCGGCAGGAAGGAGCACACGCGGGCCGACAGCGACAACUGGCGCACCCUGCGGGAGGAGCAGGCGGAGGAGGAGGGCGGCGGCGGCGGCAGCGGGGUCGGCGGCGUCGCCGUGGGCGGAGGAGGGGGAGGAGGAGGAGGCGGCGUGGAGCCGGGCAGCAACUGGAGGAUGGGCGUCUGCCGCAGGGACGGAACUUUUGAUCUAACCCCAUCAGACGGAGGUCCUCGCUCAGCAGGCUGGCGGGACCACAGCGCCCCGGGCGAGAGUCGGCGCAGGAAGUUUGACUUUGACUUCCGGGACUCUGACGGGCGCGGCGGCGGUGGCGGCGGGCGGCGGCGAGCGGGGAGUGAGGGCAUGGAGGACGACCGGGACGGGCUCCCAGAGUGGUGCACAGACGAGGAGGAGGGAGACCUGGGCACCUUCGACUCCUCUGGAGCGUUCAUGCCCCUUAAGAAGGGAGGCAAGGACAUGAUCCUGGAGGAGGAGUUGGACUUCCAGGGCAUCGAGGAGGAAGAUGAGGACGAGUUCCCCGCUGACUCUGAGAGGCCCAACAACUCCGGCGGUGAUAAAGAUAAGGAGAGCAAGGAGACCGGGUUCGGCGACCACCAGGGUAAACGCUCCCCACCUUGCUCCUCCCCCCCGAACCACAUGAACCCCGACUCCAAGGCUGGCGGCACAAGGAUGGUUGUCCAAGACAACCCCCAGCAAACAAACAACCUGCCCCACAAAGGCAGUAACAUGUUGAACGACGCAGGUCCCGCGGGGUUGUCCAAGGUCCACGUGAGCCUCAGUAACAACGUGUCCAACAACGCCGGCCAUGCCCACGCCUCGGUCCUUCCCUCCCCCCCGCCCUCCUCUGCUGCUCCGCUCCUCCCUCCUGCAGGGGGAGACAUCGAGGACGACGAGGGCAUGAAGCACCUACAGCAGGAGGCGGAGAAGAUGGUGGCGUCGCUGCAGGACACGUCCCUGGAGGAGGAGUGCUUCACCCAGGCCCUGCAGCACCACCAGCACCACCACCACCAGCACCAGCAGCAGCAGCAGAGGCAGGAACAGCAGCAGCAGCAGCAAGACGGCCGCAACACGGCCGACGCACUCCCACUGGGCCACGAGGCCGCCAAGAAGUGGUUCUACAAGGACCCCCAGGGGGAGAUCCAAGGCCCCUUCACCACCAUGGAGAUGUGCGAGUGGUUCCAGGCGGGCUACUUUACCAUGACGCUGCUGGUGAAGCGUGGCUGCGACGAGGGCUUCCAGCCCCUCGGCGACGUCAUCAAGAUGUGGGGCCGCGUGCCCUUCGUCCCGGGACCCUCGCCGCCCCCGCUGCUGGUGAGGCCCCCUCCCCCCCAGCGCCCACAGGCCACACAGAGGAGCUCCUCUGUGACGGGUAACCUGGAGCAGGAGCGUCUGAAGAAGCAGCAGGAGCUGAUCUACCAGCAGAUCCAGCAACAGCAGCAGCUCUUCCAGCUCAUCAACAGGUGCAGUGAUCAGGGUAUGAUGCCUUCGAUGAACAGGUCGAUGUCAGUGCCAGAUACAGGGUCCAUGUGGGACAUGCAUACCUCAGCUUCUCAACCGUCGGGCGGAGAGGCCAGUCUUUGGGACUUAACAAUGAAUUCUUCUACUCAGGGUCCAACUCUCGAACAGCUUCAAAAGCAGGAGAGAAGAGAGGCUGAACUCAGGGCGAAGCGGGAGGAGGAGGAGCGCAAGCGACGGGAGGAGAAGAGGAGACAGGAGGAGCUAAAGAGGAGGGAAGAGGAGGACCUCUUCCGGCGCAAGCAGUGCCGACAGCAGCAGGAGCUCAUCAUGAAGUUACUCCAGCAGGCCCCCCUGCAGCAGGGCUCCGGCGCCGGGGGCUCGGGCUGGGGAGGGCCCUCCUCCUCUGGGAUGGCCAAGUCAGGAAAGCCCCCGGCUCUCACCUUGCUGGAGAUGCACCAGGAGGCCGAACGCAUACUGAAGCAGCAGCGGGUCCAGCAGCAGAGAGACAGGCACUCCGGCAUGCCCAUGGGCUCCUCCUCCAUGGGGGGCCAGUGGGCGGACGGCGUGGGCAUGUGGGGCGGCCCGGGGGGCAUGGACUCCAAGGCCCCCGGGGGAGGCUCUUCCGGCGGGAUGGGCAUGUGGGACGAGGCGGUGAAGAACCAGGGCAGUCUCCGUGGCAACAACAACAUGGGCAUGAAGAACAGCCGCAGCAGCCCGUCGCUCAGUGACCAGUACCUGAUGCGGCGCAAGCGGACGGAGGACGAGGACAAGCUGCUGAAGCUCCUCCAGGGCAUGAAGCCCCAGGACGGCUUCACCACCUGGUGCGAGCAGAUGCUGCACGCCCUCAACACCUCCACCAACAACUCCUCCUCCUCGCUGGAUGUGGCCACCAUCGUUGCGUACCUGAAGGAGGUGGAGUCGCCCUACGCUGUGCUGGACUUCAUCAGGUCCUACCUGGGCGACACCGUGGAAGCCAAAGAGUUCGCCAAACAGUUCCUGGAGCGCCGUGCCAAACAGAAAGCUAACCAACAGAGACAGCAGCAACAGUUAUCAAAGGAAGUUGCUGGAUUGAACAUGAACUUCCCACUGCAGGACUCCAUGCGCGGUAUGAAUCCCGGCGCCCUGCAGUCCAUGUUCCAGAACACCCACAUGGGCAAGGCUGGUCUCUAUGACAACCAAGGAGGGAAGAUGAAGAAGAAACAGCCCAUGAUGCUGCAUUCUGACCCCAGCAUUUUAGGCUACUCAUUCCACAACACGGGCGAGUGUCUGAGCCUGAAUGAAAUGGAGAUGGAGGAUUACUGAGGCCGUGAGGCGCGCGGCAGCAGCAGCAGCAGCAAUAGCUACCUGAGGCCUUCCUGUCUUUUAAUCAGACAAACCAGAUGACGAAUGUGCACUGCUGGGGGACACCGGGGGUGGGGGCGGCGGGGGGGGGGGGGGGGGGGUUAAGUGGGGGAGGUCAAAGGGUGAGGCGGUGCAAACUCCUCCGCCUCACUUUCCUCCUCAUUCUCCUCUUCUCGUAGAUUGUUGAAAUGAAAAAAAGGGCUCUGUGAUGCACUGGGUGAGUCACUUGAGCGAGGGGGAGACGGGAUAGGAGACGGGGGAGUGAAUUACAGAAAGAUGGUAUCCUCUGGCACUCAAAAAAAGAAUAAGCACCUUAUACUGAACUAAUGCACUUUAUUGAGACGGGAUUUGAAUAGGGUUCGUUCGUUGUUGUUGUUUUUUGUUGUUUUUUCUCGUUUUUUUGGUUCGGAAUCAAUGCACAUGUGUCGGGUGUGUGUGAGUGCGCGCGCAUGUGGGCGUGCGUGUGUUGGCUGUACACAGCUGGGGGCCACCCACGUGCAAGGCGGGGGCGGGAACUGGAAGGGGCGGUGGGUGAGCUUCACGUGCGUGCGGACGGUCCAGACGAUGGGCGACUUUUUUCAGGGGGACCUUGUUUGGUUGAACCUUAUCAGAAAGCAAAUCCUUUCUCAAACAAAAAAAAAAACAAACACUGUUGAUAUUUCUCUUGUUCAGCAUUUUUUUUACAUUUAUAUAUAAAAGCUAAAGCUAUUGAAAAAUGGAUAAUAAAAAACUUGAAGAUUUGCACUUGCCUAAAAAAAAUAUGAGAAAAAAAACUACAAAAAAAUGUUAAACAAAUGGGGUUAGUUAUAGAGAUAUUUUUUCGUGAAUGUGGAAGUGUGUGUGUGUGCGUGUGUGUGUGACCGAGCGCAAGCGGUUGUGUGAUAUGGUUGGUGUGUGAUCAAGUACUAUACCAGUCUGCACAAUGUUGUUUUUUGUUUGUUUUAUUUCAUUGCUUACCAAGAUGUAUGAACUAUAAGAGGCCAUUUUUAUUUUUUUGUCUUUCAUUCAGAUAAUUCUUUAUGUAUUCUCAUGUGUAGAAUGUGUGUUCCCCUUUCAUUUUUUUUUUACCAAUCUGGGGAGGGGGGGGACAUUGCUUUGAAUGCAUGGUGUGAGUGAAUGUGUUAACGGAUGGAUGGGUGACUGCAUGCAGCAGAGGGGAGGGGGCAAUUGCACAACACAUUGUUUUUUUCACCAGCUCUCCAGCCCUCUCCAGAUGUAACCAGUCAGUUGCUAACGUUAGCUUUUUCUUCACGCUCAUCUGAUUGUCGAACCACCACUUUAGUUUGUAUGUAUCCCCCCACCCCUCACACCCCACUCUGGCAACUGUCUUCAGGAACCUGAGGAGUGACAGGACUGGGCAAAUCAUGAGGGACAUUAUUUGAUGCGUGUGUGUGAAUGAGACAUGAGCGUGUGCGUGCGCCUGUGUUCAUUUACUGUUAGUACAAUUUAGUUACGACUACAGGUACACAAGGGUGUAUGAGUGUGAUGAAGAGAGAGGGUGUGCAUGCCCUUUUUUUGUAUGCGUAUGAAUGCACAUUUGUGCCUAAGAACUUGGAUAGGUUGAGUGGCCAUUCAGACAUUAACCUUUUUGAGAGAUCGAUUGUGUGUAUGUGUGUGCGUGUGUGUGACUGUUGGUGCUGAGCACAGCGUAUGUCAAAAAAAACAAAACAACAAAUGUACGUGACUUUAUAUCGUAAACAUUUUCUAGUCCAUUCUGGGAGGGGAGGGGCGUUCUGAGAAGGUUAGUCUCGUCUGAUUAUGAUGUGUUUUUUUUUUGUUUGUUUUUUUCUGGCGUGCGAUCGCGUUGCCUUUCGUCAGCUCAGCUCGAACUUGUGAAUGAAAGAAGUCGAGCGUUCUGACGUUUCCGAUAAAAGAGAAGAAAAGCAGAAUACAGCAUCUUGGCGUGCGCGUGUGCACCCCAGGGUGCCCGUGGUGUUCGCAUACUGUGUUACUUCGUUGUUGCAAUUUGAUAAUGACGAGUUUUUCUUUUUUUAAUGAAAAAUAUAUAUGAAUAUAUACAUUAUAUACAAAGUUUAAAAAAAGUAUUUGGACUACGAUAAUGAGCACUUGGGGCUGCUAUUUUUGUUGUUUAUUAUGAUUUAACUAUUUCCUUUUUUUUUUUUUAUUACCGCCAGGUGAAGUGCGUUUGUAUUAUUUCUUUCUUAAGAAAAUAUUGAAUGUAUUCCAAAAAAUAUGGCAAGAUAACCGUGCUGAUACCAGAUAUAUUUUUUUUGUUCUUUUGUCAAAAGAUUUCAAAAAUGUAAACCUACAAAAAAAAGCUUCAAAGACAUGCAAGGUCUUUCUCUUUUUUUUAAACAAAGGAAAAAGAAGGAAGAGAGAAAAAAAAAACUGGCAACUGAUACAGUUGAACAUACUGCCUCUACAAUCCUGGUCGUACUAACGGAGACGAUUUAAUUCAAAGAAA